GCUCCAACACUCGGAUUAGGGCUUUUAGCUUCACCCUCUUCUUCUUCCUCCUUAACUUUUACUCUACACCUCCGGGGACCUCCCUUCUCCGUCUCAUUUACGCCAUGGACGUCACCAAGAAACGGAGGAUGGACGAAAAUGGCGUCGACUCCUCCGACCAUUCUUUUUCUAGAAUUACUCCUGAAGACGCUCGCAAGAUCAUUGAUCGUUUCACUCCGGACCAGCUUAUCGAUAUUUUACAAGAUGCAGUUUCGCGUCACGUGGAUGUUCUUGAUGCAGUACGGUGUAUUGCAGACCGAGAUGUUUCCCAGCGGAAGCUGUUUAUUCGGGGUCUUAGUUGCGAUACUAGUACAGAAGGUUUGCGUUCUCUCUUUUCCGCUUAUGGCGAGCUUGAAGAAGCUGUUGUUAUUAUUGACAAGGUGACUGGGAAAUCGAAAGGUUAUGGCUUUGUGACUUUUAAGCAUGUUGAUGGUUCUAUACUGGCCUUGAAGGAACCGAGCAAGACAAUUGAUGGCCGCGUUACGGUGACGCAAUUGGCUGCAGUGGGAGUUUCUGGGCAGAGUUCGAACGCUGCAGACUUGUCGUUGAGGAAAAUUUAUGUGGCGAAUGUUCCAAUGGAUAUGCCAGCCGAUAAGCUGUUGGCACACUUUUCGCUGUAUGGAGAAAUUGAGGAGGGACCGCUAGGCUUCGAUAAGCAGACGGGUAAGUGUAGAGGCUAUGCUUUGUUCGUGUACAAAAAGGCAGAGGGUGCUCAAGCAGCUCUGGUUGAUCCAAUCAAGGCGAUUGAUGGAAGGCAGUUGAGUUGUAAAUACGCUAACGAUGGGAAGAAAGGGAAACCUGGCGGUGGGACGGAUGGAAUUCAAACGACGGGAGCGGGUCAAGGAAACUUGCAUGGAGAUGGUAUGCCUAUGGCUCCUCCAUCAGCAAUCCCCGGUUCGGGCGGACAGUAUGGUGGUCCGGGUGGCAUGGGAUCGUAUGGAGGCUUUUCUGGUGGCCCUCAAGGGGCGCAGCCACUUGGUCACCAUCCGCUCAACUCUUCAAUGGGGCCAGGAAUAUCCUCUGUCGGUAGUCAGGCUCUAUCUUCGCAGGGCAGCUCCGGCGGAUAUGGUGGCGGUCCAUAUGGUGGUGGGUACGGCGGGCCCGGUUCCUCAAUAUAUGGUGGUAUGGGAAGUGUAGGUGGGGGCUUGGGUAGUUCUGGAGGUGGAUUGGGCGGAGCUGGGGAUGUUUCAUCACUGUAUAGGUUAUCACAGAGUUCGGUUGGAAUACCUUCUGGUGGUUAUCCGGAUAGUGGGCAUUAUAGCAUGUCAUCAGCAUCCGGGCACCCAAAUCACCACCAUCAACAGGCAGGAGCAUCACCAGCACCACGUGUUCCACCUGGAGGAUUGUAUCCCAAUAUACCACCAUAUUACUGAGGUUAUGAUGCUUGUUGUGCGCAGAUGCUUUAUGUGCUCUGGUGAUUGCGUUGAUUGCAGACUGUUACUCUGGUUUGAUGAAUGCAUUACCUUUGCUUGUGGCCUCUGCUGUUUAACUGCACCUUUGAGUUGUUCAUUUAUAGUUACUGUUAGUCAAAGAGAGAGUUAGAAAGUUAGAUAAUUUGUGUACUCUACCCAAUGACUUACUUGUGCUAUUUGACUUAUCUACUAGUAGUAAAUUUAGUAUUUUCUGAGUACUACUAUUUGCUCUUGUUGUUGUAGUUGUCUGCUUUCUGUUGCUUUCAUUAUACGUGGACAAUGUGUUCUUCCGUCUGUCAUUUACUGAGCUUUUACUUUUUUCACCCUAAGCACUUAUUGCUUAAAAUAUGAUGUUUUAAUAUUUUCAAUUUGGGCAUUACUUGAUCUGGCAUCUUGAUUGAGCAUUUCAACGUGCUAGAAAAACGUUGUGUUGUCUUGGUUGCUACUUGUUUGCUGGGAACUUUGAAUCCUUUGCAGUUCCUGUUGUCCAAGUGGUUUCUACUUCUUCUCUUCCAUUAUUAUUGUCAUACUUUUGGAAUGGUUUCCUUCUAUUGCUACUCUUCAUUCUUUGUGAAUGGUGGAUGAAAGAAGUAGAUAAACAUCCAUGGUGGUUCUAUUGGCUGAACAUGUUUUGUGUGCCCAUGCUUUGUGGAUUCACUUCUAUUGCUGCUCUGCUAUGUUGUAUCUCUGUAUUGAAAAAGUUGAUGGAGCCACAAACUUUGUCAGACUUGGAUUUGAAUGUUACUUGAAGACCUUUGUAUAUCUUAUCUUUGGAUCGUAGAGAUGAUAUUUUCACUGCUGAACUGUGACUCUUAGUUGCAUUCAUUGAUGAUUAAGUGCAUAUUGAGCUGGAUUCUUGGACCAAAUACCUGUGUGCAUAGUAAUAGACUGAGUUCGUUUUUGUUUCAGUCAAUUGCUUGUUUAAUUUUCUGUCCUGUAGUGAUUAGACCGAAGUAGGCUUGGUUAACAGUGGGUGGUGUAUUUUGUGUUUUAUGGAUAUUGACAAGAUUUGUUUUCUCAUUGUCCUUUUUAAUCUCUAUUAUGUUCAUGUGUUGAAAGAAAAUUAAUCCAGGCAACAUGCAUAAAUAAAUAUGAAUGCAAGCUUAUUUGGAGCUGGCUUUCUUCCUUCUUGAUCCUAUGAUAUUAUCAGUAGCUUUUGGGGGUUGAAGUUGAAUUUUGACUUGUUUCCCUACUUUUUGUGGCGUGUGUUUUGUGGAGAGAUGAUGAGCAUUUGGUAAUUAUAUUUUGCUGGAGUUUUAGGUGUUAAGACGUGUUUGGUUGAUAAGUUUGGGAGGGCCAACUAUGUAAUUUGUUAUUUUGGCUAUGUCAGUGGGGUUUUCAGAGGGCAUGUUUAUGGCCAUUUGUCUUGUUUGGAGAUUUAGAAUUUUGUAUAAGUUUGGAAUUUGUAAGAUGGAUUUUAGAAAUGGGUGCUAUUCUAAUGUUUCAACUUACAAGAUUAGCAAAUUUGUUGUCCUAGAUUUAGUCAGUUGCAAGAUUCAGGACCGGUUUGGAAUGCAUUUUGAAGUGCUUAAAAAUCCAUUCCAUAUCGGCCCUAAAUUUAAGCUACAAAAUCUUUAGCCCAAAUGGCUCUUGAUUGUUUCCCCUGUUGCCUUUCUGAUUGGUGGAAUAUGAAAUGAGGUGACAAAUGGACACUCUCCCACUGGGGCACCUGUUUGGAAGACUCAAAAUCAGUCAAGAAGAGUAUUGUUCACAUAAAUUUGUAGGGGAAAUUUGAUACAUCCUUUCUAAGGCAACCAAUUGAACCAUUGAAGCUCACUCAGUUGACCCAUAGCAUCUCUCUAUACUCUAGUUUCGACUCUGUUCUAUAGAUGGACGGUUGUGUCCUUGAGUUCUAUGGAGGACAUAUUUAUUCGUUUUGGUUAUUGAUAAAGUAUGUGUUGUACUUAAACAAGAUUUGAUACACAAUAAGGCUAGAUUCUGUGUAUUGAAGAUGCUGCAAUUUCCUAAUUAAUAGGAAAAACCUUCUUCUACCAUUUAAAAUA